AUGGCGGGGGCGCCGCGCGGCCGAGGCGGCGGCGGAGGCGGAGGCGGCGCGGGCGAGUCUGGGGGCGCCGAGCGGGCGGCGGGGCCGGGCGGCCGGCGCGGGCUGCGGGCGUGCGACGAGGAGUUCGCGUGCCCCGAGCUGGAGGCGCUGUUCCGCGGCUACACGCUGCGGCUGGAGCAGGCGGCCACGCUGAAGGCGCUGGCCGUGCUCAGCCUGCUGGCGGGCGCGCUGGCCCUGGCCGAGCUGCUGGGCGCGCCGGGGCCCGCGCCCGGCCUGGCCAAGGGCUCGCACCCCGUGCACUGCGUGCUCUUCCUGGCGCUGCUCGUGGUCACCAACGUCCGCUCGCUGCAGGUGCCCCAGCUGCAGCAGGUUGGCCAGCUCGCGCUGCUCUUCAGCCUCACCUUCGCGCUGCUCUGCUGUCCCUUCGCGCUCGGCGGCCCCGCCGGGGCCCACGCCGGGGCGGCAGCGGUGCCGGUGGCAGCCGACCAGGGCGUCUGGCAGCUCCUUUUGGUCACCUUCGUGUCCUAUGCCCUGCUGCCCGUGCGCAGCCUGCUGGCCAUCGGCUUCGGGCUCGUGGUGGCCGCCUCGCAUUUGCUGGUCACGGCUACCUUGGUCCCCGCCAAGCGCCCACGUCUCUGGAGGACGCUCUGUGCCAACGCCCUGCUCUUCCUUGGCGUGAACAUGUAUGGGGUCUUCGUGCGGAUCCUGGCUGAGCGCUCCCAGAGGAAGGCCUUCCUGCAGGCCCGGAACUGCAUCGAGGACCGGCUGAGGCUGGAGGACGAGAAUGAGAAGCAGGAGCGGCUGCUCAUGAGCCUCCUGCCCCGGAACGUCGCCAUGGAGAUGAAGGAGGACUUCCUGAAGCCCCCCGAGAGGAUUUUCCACAAGAUCUACAUCCAGCGGCAUGACAACGUGAGCAUCCUCUUCGCAGACAUCGUGGGCUUCACGGGCUUGGCCUCGCAGUGCACGGCCCAGGAGCUGGUGAAACUCCUCAACGAGCUCUUCGGCAAGUUUGACGAACUGGCCACGGAGAACCACUGCCGCCGCAUCAAGAUCCUGGGAGACUGCUACUACUGCGUGUCUGGCCUCACUCAGCCCAAGACUGACCACGCCCACUGCUGCGUGGAGAUGGGCCUGGACAUGAUCGACACCAUCACGUCCGUGGCCGAGGCCACUGAGGUGGACCUGAACAUGCGCGUGGGGCUGCACACCGGCAGGGUCCUCUGCGGGGUCCUGGGCCUGCGCAAGUGGCAGUACGACGUGUGGUCCAACGACGUGACCCUGGCGAACGUCAUGGAAGCCGCCGGCCUGCCUGGGAAGGUUCACAUCACAGAGACCACCCUGGCGUGCCUGAAUGGUGACUAUGAGGUGGAGCCGGGCCAUGGACACGAGAGGAACAGUUUUCUGAAAACUCACAACAUCGAGACCUUUUUUAUCGUGCCCUCCCAUCGGCGAAAGAUAUUUCCAGGGCUGAUUCUCUCAGAUAUAAAACCGGCCAAGAGGAUGAAGUUCAAGACCGUGUGCUACCUGCUGGUGCAGCUCAUGCACUGCCGGAAGAUGUUCAAGGCUGAGAUCCCUUUCUCCAAUGUCAUGACCUGCGAGGACGACGACAAGCGGAGGGCAUUGAGAACAGCCUCGGAAAAACUCAGAAACCGCUCGUCUUUCUCUACAAAUGCUGUCUACACCACCCCUGGGACACGCGUCAACAGGUACAUCGGCCGCCUCCUGGAAGCCCGCCAGAUGGAGCUGGAGAUGGCGGACCUGAACUUCUUCACUCUGAAGUACAAGCAGGCUGAACGAGAGCGAAAGUAUCACCAGCUUCAGGACGAGUAUUUCACCAGCGCCGUCAUUCUGGCCCUCAUCCUGGCCGCCUUAUUCGGCCUUGUCUACCUUCUAAUAAUCCCGCAGAGCGUGGCCGUCCUGCUUCUGCUGGUGUUCUGCAUCUGCUUCCUGGUGGCCUGUGUCCUGUAUCUACACAUCACCCGGGUCCAGUGUUUUCCAGGGUGCCUGACGAUCCAGAUCCGCACUGUCCUGUGUAUCUUCAUCGUGGUCUUAAUCUACUCCGUGGCCCAAGGCUGUGUGGUGGGCUGCCUGCCUUGGGCCUGGAGCUCCAGUCUCAAUGGGUCCCUGGUGGUCCUGUCGUCUGGGCACCGGGAGCGCGUGCUGCCCGCCCCGCCCUGCGAGUCUGCGCCCCACGCCCUGCUGUGUGGCCUCGUGGGCACCCUCCCGCUGGCUGUGUUCCUGCGGGUCUCCUCCUUGCCGAAAAUGGUCCUGCUCGCCGUGCUCACCACCUCCUACAUCCUCGUCCUGGAGCUUGGCGGGUACACGAAGGCCGUGGGGGGUGACGCCGUCUCGGGCCGCAGCUUUGAGCCGAUCGUGGCCAUCCUCCUGUUCUCGUGCACGCUGGCCCUGCACGCCCGGCAGGUGGAUGUCAAGCUGCGGCUGGACUACCUGUGGGCCGCACAGGCGGAGGAGGAGCGGGACGACAUGGAGAGGGUGAAGCUGGACAACAAGAGGAUUCUCUUCAACCUCCUGCCGGCCCACGUCGCCCAGCACUUCCUCAUGUCCAACCCCCGCAACAUGGACCUGUACUACCAGUCGUACUCGCAGGUGGGGGUCAUGUUCGCCUCCAUCCCCAACUUCAACGACUUCUACAUCGAGCUGGAUGGCAACAACAUGGGGGUGGAGUGUCUGCGCCUCCUGAACGAGAUCAUCGCCGACUUUGACGAGCUCAUGGACAAAGAUUUUUACAAGGACCUGGAGAAGAUCAAGACCAUCGGGAGCACCUACAUGGCUGCUGUGGGGCUGGCGCCCACGGCCGGGGCCAAGGCUAAGAAGUCCAUCUCCUCCCACCUCAGCACAUUGGCAGAUUUUGCCAUCGAGAUGUUCGACGUCCUGGAUGAGAUCAACUACCAGUCUUACAACGACUUCGUGCUCCGUGUUGGCAUCAACGCUGGCCCCGUGGUGGCUGGAGUGAUCGGGGCUCGCAGGCCGCAGUACGACAUCUGGGGAAAUACGGUCAACGUGGCCAGUCGGAUGGACAGCACCGGCGUCCAGGGGAGAAUCCAGGUCACGGAGGAAGUUCACCGGCUCCUGCGGCGGGGCUGCUACCGCUUCGUGUGCCGAGGCAAAGUCAGCGUCAAGGGCAAGGGCGAGAUGCUGACAUACUUCCUGGAAGGCAGGACCGACGGAAGCGGCUCCCAAAACAGGUCCAUGAACUCAGAGCGGAAAAUGUGUCCUUACGGGAGAGCCGGCCUCCAGAGCAGACUGGCCACGGGCCACCCCCCGGUGCCCCCUGCAGCCGGCCUCCCAGUCAGAGCCGGGCCGGGGGCUCUGCAGGGCUCGGGGCUUGCCCCCUGCCCCCCAGGCCACCACCUGCCCCCCGGAGCAGCUGGGAAGGAGGCUUAG